AAUAGAAUUUGUCUUCGGUUUCCCGUGCUGUACGCACGGAUUAUGAGAGCGCGGGACAGAGGUGGUCAGCACCGCGUAAACUGAGACACUGUGAGUUAUCUAUAUGGGCCAUCUUCUCUCGAAAAAUGGUUACCGCUUGAAGAAGAGGACCCGGAAGCUGAGGAAGAAGAAGAAGAAGAGGAACUGCUUCCUUCAGGGGCCCUGCAUGCUCUGCUUCAUCAUCCACAGCAGCAGCGGCGGGAACCUCGACGACGACCCCUUCGAGAACGGCGCGGCAGCCGCCUCCAAACUCGCCGAGCGUUACGCUUCACUGAGCUCUCCUGAGGACUGCGCCAAGUUCCUGCUCUCUCCUCACGAGCUGGCCAUCUGGGAAGGACAGGGCCUCCUAUCUGCCGUCCCAGCCAAGCUGAUCGGACCAACAGCGAUCUUUCGAGCCACGCAGCCGACCUGCGACUAUUCGGAGAUGGUGUGCAAGCGCAAGGGCACCGACAUGCAGAGGUGCAGGCCCUGCAAACAGCCCCGCUGUGCCUUCCAGGAGAUGUCCAUGGACAAAGGGGGCGGAGACUCUUCAGAGACCGCCCCCAGCCCACAUCACCUCCUGCCGCACUGCGCCUUGCCCUCUUCCUCGUCAUCGUCUUCGGAGGAUGACAGCUCUGGCGUGGGCUUGCAGAUGGGCUCUGGUGAGAGUCCUAGCAGCACAGAAAGUGCUGGCACCCCAGAUAGCGCCUCCUCGUCCGCCUCCUCCUCCACCUCCUCCUGUUGCUUGUGCUCCCAUAGCAACACUUCAGAUGAUGGCAGGACCCCAGAGAUGUCCUGUAUCAACCACUUGCCCUCCUCCAUACUGUUGAAGGUUUUCUCUCAUCUCUCAGUGAAGGAACGCUGCCUUUACGCCUCCCUGGUUUGCAAGUACUGGCGUGACUUGUGCUUAGAUUUCCAGUUCUGGAAACAAAUCGACCUCAGCGGCCACCAGCAAGUAAAGGACGACCUUUUGGUAAAGAUCGCGUCAAGGAGACACAACGUCACUGAGAUCAACAUCUCGGACUGUCGUAACGUGCAGGAUCCCGGCGUUUGCUCGUUGGCGGCUAACUGCUCGGGGCUUCUCAAAUACACAGCAUACCGCUGUAAACAGCUGAGUGAUGUGUCAGUGUGCACCAUCGCCUCCAACUGCCCCCUGCUACAGAAACUGCACGUGGGGAACCAGGACAAACUCACCGACCAAGCUCUCAAACAGUUGGGUGAGCACUGUUCAGAGCUUAGGGAUGUACACUUUGGCCAGUGUUACAAUAUAAGUGAUGAAGGAAUGGUGGCCCUCGCAAAAGGCUGUCCCAGGCUUCAAAGAAUCUACAUGCAAGAAAACAAACUGGUAACGGAUAAAUCAGUGAAGGCCUUCGCCGAGCACUGUCCAGACCUGCAGUUCGUGGGCUUUAUGGGCUGCUCCGUGACCUCACAAGGGGUCAUCCAUCUCACCAAGCUUCAGAACCUGACCAGUUUGGACUUGCGGCACAUCUCAGAACUCAACAACGAGACAGUGAUGGACGUGGUGAGAAAGUGCCGGAACCUCAGUUCUCUCAACCUCUGCCUCAACUGGAGCAUCAACGACAGAUGUGUGGAGAUCAUCGCCAAGGAGGGAAGAAGUCUCAAAGAACUGUACCUAGUGUCAUGCAAAAUCACAGACAACGCUCUGAUAGCCAUUGGUCAGUAUAGCAGCACCAUUGAGACGGUGGAUGCCGGUUGGUGUAAGGAAAUCACAGACCAGGGAGCCACUCAGAUAGCCAAGAGCAGCAAGUCUCUCCGCUACCUGGGCCUGAUGAGAUGUGAUAAGGUGAACGAGGAGACGGUGGAGAGACUGGUUCUGCAGUACCCCCAUAUAGUGUUCAGCACGGUGAUGCAGGACUGUAAGAGAACACUGGAGAGAGCUUACCAAAUGGGCUGGAGUCCAAACACCUCCACGGCUUCUUAGCCACACACACACACAUACACACACAUGUUUAUACUUACGUUAUGCACAAAUGCAUACUCAUUUAUGCUUGAAAACACCCGUUCACAAUCUUGUAAACAUCAACUCGUGUUUGCCUUCCUGUGUGGUACCAUUGUUUAAUUAUUGAAGCAUCACCGACGUGUUGGUACCAUCUCUUUUCAGCUAUUGAUUUGAUGAUUGACAAGCACCUAUGUUUAUUUGGAGAUGCAGAAGCAUGCAUCCCUUUAUUUAAACAAGUUCCCACUUUGAAGGAAAGCAAAUCCAUC